GGCGUGAAUUGACGAUGGCGUUCCACAACCCAAAGCCGCAGUUUUUCAACUGAUCGUUCAGUACAGCAUUGUUAACGUUGUAACUGAACGUUUAGAAACGUAAGCAUUCACUGAAAGCAUCACUGUUUCAAUCCGCACGUCAGAGUACACUCGCGCACGUAGUUAAUGUUUCUACAAACUACAGCUGGACAACCAAUUACCUCACGGGUAAUUUUGCUAUAUUUUUUUUACUUCCAAGUCCACCCAGUCACAGACGUUGUCAAACCAAUUUACCAACAGAGCGGGGAGCCACGAUCACCCUGCGUAAAGUGAUCGUGGGCGCACGAAAUUGAUGGCGGCCACGAAGCGAGCCAGGCGCUACCAGAUUCCAUAUUGUUAUUACGAAGGAUUCCUGGAGAAGAGAUCAUUCCAAGACAAGGUGUCUCGGAAAUUAUGGACAUGCCUGUGUGGAAACACUCUUCUUUUCUUCAACAACAGCAAAGAAAACACUUAUGUGGAGAAACUGGAUCUCAGUGAAUUCAUCUCCUUGAAAGAUGAUUGCAGUCGGGACAAAAAUCUGGAGGCAGCCAAACUUAUCCUGCACAUGAAGGACAGAGAAAUCAAAAUCACUGCCCCCAGUUUAGAGACUCGCGAACUAUGGAAAGGUUUCAUCUACUCUGUAGUUGAGCUGUCAGUCCCCGACUCACUCAACCUCCUGCCAGGCCAGAUCCAUAUGCUGAGGGAGACUGUGGAGGCCGAGAGGGAGAGACGGAAAACCGCACACCCUGCCCCCGCCGCUACUGCUGUAGCAUCCAGCUCCAACCUCUACCUCAGCCUCAUAGAGGACAUGCCAGCGUGUUACCAUCCUGUGUCUCGUACUGAGGCAGAGAUGGUGCUGGAGAAGCACCCGGAGAGUGGAAACCUGCUGCUGCGGCCCGGCAGGGACGGCGCCUCGUUUGCCGUAUCCACCCGACAGGAACUCUGCGGGUCUAUAUUCAGACACUAUCGUGUGUCAAGGACCCAGGAUGGAGCAUUCGCCAUUGAUCUAGAGACUCCUAUCCACUGUGACACGCUUCAUGAUGUCAUCAGCUGUCUGGUGGAGAAGACGGGUGGAGCUUUGACACCCUUUAUUAUGGAGGGAACCUACGAAGAGAGCAUCACAUUUGUUCAUGUGAAUGAGGAGAAUGGAGAGAGAAGAGAGGAGAACAGCGUAGAAUUUACCCGCCGUGCCCCCACCCCAUCUGUGACAGUCCCUGCCCCCCCUCCCAAACCAGGUCAAAGGGAUCGUAUGCCAUUUCCAGAGUCUCAGUCAGAAACAGACAGGAGACUUUACCUCAACGAUCACCGGGAAGCGGAGGAGGACUUUGCCAAGUUGCCUGUUAAACCACCUCAGCCUCUUCCCUUCUGUCUACCAAGAACUGAGAGGAAGGCCCUGAAGCCCCCGGUUGUUACACCUCGUAGCACCACUCACACCGUAACAGACACUCUGGAUGCCAGGUUGACUUCUCUCCUACCAGACACUAUUGCACAGACCUUGUCUGAGGAGCUGAAACUUAAGUUGGAGAAGAGGCGUGCCCAUGAACAGUGACAUCUUCUGGCAGCUUAGACAAUCAGGCAGUGAACAAACCUGUUCCUCAGCCACCUACAACUACUGCAAAAACAGUAGCCCCAUUUAUACCUGCCACCAACAUGCAUCAUCCUGAUCUUGUCCUGAUCGGUUUACACUUAAUAUAUGAUCCCAAUCAGAUUGCAAUGCUUUCAAUUGCCCAAACAUGUCUUAAAAUGUGUGCACCAUCAGAAUAUGGACAUAAUCAGGAAAGAAAAUGCAUGUUGGACCUUUUCCACUCAUCCUCUUUGAGCUGCCCUACCCUUUUCUCCUGGACUGGAAGAUUAAGUCUCUGCUUCUUGUCAGCUGGGUGUCAGCCUAGACUAGAAGAUUAACACCAUAUUGAUUCCUUCUUCCUGGAUCGCUUUGUCCAAACAACACACUAGCAAAUGAAUGGACUGUAAAUCACCAUGUAAAUGCCACAUUAUCCAUACCAAGUGUUUGUAUAUUUGCACAUUAUAUAAGUGAAUAGAUUUUCUAAUAGGCCUUCAGUGUCAAAUAUGUCUAUAACUGUCAGUUUUGUUUCUUUGUUUGUUCCUUUUUUGUUUUCUGGCUUGAUCAAAAAAAUCUACCAUUACUGGGACCAUCUACUAGUUGUACAACAGAUAAUUGUCAGUGAAGGUGUUAGGCUGUCCAAACAGGCAGCCCAAUUAAGAUAUAUAUUCCGUUAAUAGUUUUUUUCAUUACUUACAUCUGAUCUUUUCACAUCUUUUUCAGCUCUGAUCUGAUUGGUCAAAAGACUUGACAAAAACCAUAGGUACCAUAUCCUGUCAAUAUUAUUGUAUACAAAGAAAAUGUACCCUGUCUUUUAAAAUGUAAUUUAUAUUCCUGAAAUACUUAUUUUUGUCAAUGUACAGAGAAACACAGGACUUUCUUACUGCUUUAUUAACUCAGUGGAUGACAAACUGUAGUGGAAAAAUUAAAGGAAUAUUUACAUUGUU